AUGAACGUUCUCAAGCUUCAGAGGAAGUAUCCUCAGUUCCCUCAGGACGAAAUCUACGGCCUGAGCGACGCCUUCCGCAAGCUCGACGUCGACGACAAGGGCUACGUCGAUGAGGCCACCGCCAUCAAGGCCACCCAGCAGAGCGAACGCCAACCCUAUGAUGUCGUACGACAGGCCCUCAAGGAGGUUGAACUCGACUCUUCUCGCAGAGUCGAGCUGGAGGACUACGUCGCAUUGAUUGCCAAGCUUCGCGAGUCUUCCCCGGCCCAAAAACGCAUGACAACCGGCCCCGGUUCCGCUCCUGCCAGCAUCGUCGCCCAAGCCACCGGAAAAGUCGGCGGUCAUGCCUCCAAGUCGAGCGUCGGCAAGAUCCAUGUCCAGGGCUCCAAUGCCAACGUCACUCACACCAUCAACGAGGACGAGAGGACCGAGUUCACUCGUCACAUCAAUGCCGUCUUGGCCGGCGACCCGGAUAUUGGAAACCGCCUCCCCUUCCCCACCGACACCUUUGAGAUGUUCGACGAGUGCAAAGACGGUCUCGUCCUGGCCAAGCUCAUCAACGACAGUGUUCCCGAUACCAUUGACGAGCGUGUCCUGAACCGCCCGAAGAACAAGAAGCAGCUCAACGCCUUCCAGAUGACGGAGAACAACAACAUCGUCAUUGAGUCCUCCAAGGGCAUCGGUCUGUCCGUCGUCAACAUUGGCAGUGGUGACAUUAUCGAGGGCCGCGAGCACCUGAUCCUCGGCCUCAUCUGGCAGAUCAUCCGCCGCGGCCUGCUGAGCAAGAUCGACAUCAAGCUCCACCCGGAGCUGUACCGCCUGCUCGAGGACGACGAGACCCUCGAACAGUUCCUGCGCCUGCCUCCCGAACAGAUUCUCCUCAGAUGGUUCAACUACCACCUGAAGGCCGCCAACUGGCCCAGACGGGUGAACAACUUCUCCAGCGACAUCAAGGACGGCGAGAACUACACCGUUCUCCUGGCGCAGAUCGGUUCCGAAUACGGCGCGACGAGAGCCCCCCUCCAGACGAGAGAUCUCUUGCAGAGGGCCGAGGAGAUUCUGCAGACCGCCGACAACAUGGGGUGCCGCAAGUUCCUCACGCCCUCAUCCCUGGUCGCCGGUAACCCCAAGCUGAACCUGGCCUUCGUUGCCAACCUGUUCAACACCCACCCCGCCCUCGACCCCAUCACCGAGGAGGAGAAGCUCGAGGUGGAGGACUUUGACGCCGAAGGGGAGAGAGAGGCCCGCGUCUUCACCCUCUGGCUCAACAGCCUGGACGUGCAGCCCGCCGUUCAGUCCUUCUUCGACGACCUGCGCGACGGCACCGUCCUUCUGCAAGCGUACGACAAGGUCAUCAAGGGGUCCGUUAACUGGCGCCACGUCAACAAGCCCCCUGCGCACGGCGGCGAGAUGAUGCGCUUCAAGGCCGUCGAGAACACAAACUACGCCAUCGAGCUCGGCAAGCAGAACCGCUUCUCGCUCGUCGGCAUCCAGGGCGCGGACAUCACCGACGGCCAGCGGACCCUGACCCUCGGCCUGGUGUGGCAGCUGAUGCGCAGAGACAUCACUGUCACCCUCUCGACUCUGGCGCAGCGUCUGGGCAAGAAGGAGAUCACGGACGCCGAGAUGGUCAGGUGGGCCAACGACAUGUCCCGCAAAGGUGGCAAGUCGUCCGCCAUUCGAUCCUUCAAGGACCCCGCCAUCGGCACCGGCGUCUUCCUGCUGGACGUGCUCAACGGCAUGAAGAGCAGCUACGUCGACUACGACCUCGUCACCCCCGGCCACACGGACGACGACGCCUACCUCAACGCCAAGCUCAGCAUCUCCAUUGCGAGAAAGAUGGGCGCCACCAUCUGGUUGGUGCCCGAGGAUAUUUGCCAGGUCCGCAGCCGCCUGGUGACCACCUUUAUCGGAUCUCUUAUGGCGACGGCCGAAAAGCAGGGCUUGUAA